CUUUUGUCACGACCAGGGGGAUAUGUCGCAAGGGGAAGACAACAGAGCUACAUCUGCAAGCGUGGAGAGGUGCUCGAGGGGCACUGGCAGCGUUUGGGUGACCAGACAGGGCAGAGUACACCCAGGUACCCCCUGUGGUACGCCACAUCAGGCACCCCGUAUGCACUGCACAGCUAGCUGGUGUGGCUGUGGGCUGCCCUGCAGAGCAGCUGGUGGUGGGCAAGGCAAGGCUGGGGGGAAAAACCACCCCAGCUGAGACAGAGAGCAAGAAACAGCGUGGGCCCUUUGCUCGGGCUCGGCAGCAGCGUGUGCUUGUCCUGCCUUGUUACGUGUUUGCUGUAAUAUUUCCCCUUUAAGGCUGGGCUGAAGUUAUUUAUACUUGUGGGGUGGUGACAGGAACACAGAGCGGAGUAGGAGCCCUGAACUGCUCUUACCUGAUCUGCGGUGGAGGGGCAAACAGAGAAGGAAGGAAACUCAGAAAAAGAGAGGGAGCAAGAGAAGGGAGUCCAAGGGAGGGAAAAAGAAAACAGGGAGAGCAUCCCUGGGGAGAGACAAGGGAGAGAACCAGCUGGGGAAACAGAAACGGGGGAACAAGGGAAGGAGAAAGGAGAGGAGGAAGGAGGAAGAGAUCCUCAGGGAAAAGCAAGAGGCACAGUGGCUCCGGGGAGCCGAGGGGCUGCCAGUAUCCAAUGCCAAGCAUCGCCAAGGGGUGCUGAGCGGGUACAGCUGAGAAGAGCAGCUCUCGUGGACUCUUCCCAGCUCUCAAGAUGAUGAAAAGGCAGAUUAACUGGAUGCGGCAGCAACUGUCCCAUCCCAAUGUCACCAGCCGAGCCCAAGAAGCAACCGAGCUCCUGCCAGAAGAUUUGCUGCAGAUUGAGCAGAGGAUCGAGCCAGCCAAGCGAGCAGCUCACAGUGUGUCCAAGAGGCUCCAAGCCUGCCUGCAGGGGCAAUGCGGCUCCGAGAUGGACAAGCGAGUGAAGAAGCUGCCCUUGAUGGCUCUGUCCAUGACGAUGGCUGAGAGCUUCAAGGAACUGGACACUGAGUCCAGCCUCGGGAAAGCCCUGGAGAUGGGCUGCUGCAUACAGAGCUCACUGGCCAAAAUCCUGGCCGAGUUCGAGAUCGCCCUGGAGCACAACAUCCUGCAGCCGCUCAACAAGCUCAGCGAGGAGGAGCUUCCUAUCAUCCUGAAGCGCAAGAAGGCCCUCCAGAAGUUGAUUUCUGACUGGAAUGCAAUCAAGAGUCGGCUGAACCAAGCUGCCAAGAGCUCCAGUAACAGCGCUGGCACUGGUGCUGGCCCAGGAACAUCUGCUGCUGCCAACAAACUGGAGAUCUUGAAGGAAGAGGAGGAGGAGGUGAAGAGGAAGGUGGAGCAGUGCAAGGGAGGGGGUGGAAGAUUGCUCUUCUCUGUGACUCCCCAGGACGAGUACAUGGCUGACCUCUACCACUUCUCCACCAAAGAGGACAGCUACGCCAGCUACUUCAUCAAACUGCUGGAAAUCCAAGCCCAGUACCACCGACAGUCCCUGGAAUCUCUGGACUCAGCUCUGGCAGAGCUGAAGGAAAUCCACAGCCAGACAGAGCCCUCCUUUGCUGCAGACACCCCUAUGGCGGGGUACUAUGGCGUGCCCCUAGAGAUGCACCUCAAGAGCUUGGGCCGGGAGAUCGCGCUGCCCAUUGAAGCCUGUGUCAUGAUGCUGCUGGCCUCUGGCAUGAGGGAGGAGGGACUCUUCCGGCUGGCAGCGGGCGCCUCAGUGCUGAGGAAGCUGAAGAGCAGCUUGGCCAGUGGCUCCAAUGCCCUGGAGGAGUUUUACUCAGACCCCCACGCUGUGGCUGGUGCACUGAAAUCCUACCUGCGGGAGCUGCCCCAGCCUUUGAUGACUUUUGAGCUCUACAAUGAAUGGAUAAAAGUGGCCAGCUUCAAGGAUGUUGACAGCCGUGUACAGAGCCUGCGAGACACCUGCAGCCGCCUGCCCCAGGAAAGCUACAACAAUCUGAGGUAUCUGAUCAAGUUUUUAGCCAAGCUGGUCGAACACCAGGAGGUGAAUAAAAUGACCCCCAGCAACAUUGCGAUCGUGCUGGGCCCCAACCUGCUGUGGUCACAGCAGAGCACAGGAGACCCCAUGCAACUGGACUUGGCCUCAGUCUCCUCCAUCCAGGUGGUGGGCGUGGUGGAAGCCCUCAUCCAGAAUGCAGACACCCUCUUCCCUGGAGAGGUAGAUUUCAACGUCUCAGGCAUGUUCACGCCACCUGCAAACGUUGAGCUUGGUGAGGCCACCCUGGUGGAAGAGAUGGCCCCUGAGGCCCCUCCAGCUGGCACCCCCACUCUCCUGGAUGGAGAGGCCACCUCGAGGGACCCUGAGGCCAGGUCCCAGCCAGUAUCCCCAACGCUGACCAGAUCGUCUCCUGAAGCUGUGGGGCUGCUGGCUCCAACAAUGACUGACAACACUGCCCCCAAAGGCAAGCGUCCAGCUCCAGCCCGACCCACGAUGCCACCACCACCCGUGGCCCAGCCCCGGAGCACAGCUCCCAUGGUGGCAGCCCUCGAGCACACAGCCAGCCCCAAAGCCCGGCCACGGCGGAUGGCUGGGGCACCCAGCCGAGCGCCCUCUGUCCCGCCACCGCUCCCCCCGCAGCCAGCACGCCGCCUCAGCCGAGAUGCCGCAUCGUCCCCCAGGCCUCCCACCGAUGAAGCCAACAUGGCGGCUGCCUUGCACUGUGCACUGGGAACCACUGACAAGGAGCAGACGCUGCCUGAGGGAGGAAGGAGCCCCCUGGCCACAUCCCCACCAGAAGGACAGCCCACAGAGAACUGAGCAGGGUCGGGGUGCAAGGGCACCGCAGGGCCGGGGAGAUGGGGUCCGGUGCCCCUCUGGGACCCAGCAGGCACUGUGAAAACGCCAGGGUGGCCUGAGGGACAGUGCACCCCUCCAUCUUGCUCCCGUGGCCCGUGCCAGCUAUGACCCUCUGCCUGCCCCCCCUUGCUCUCCUGUCUCCACUGAGCCUUCCUCCCCCCCACCACCACUGUCCCUGCCGGGGCCCAGCCACCACUAAGGGACCUGACUCCCUGCCCAGCAUUCCCCGAUCAUGGGCGACCCCCUCAAGUCCCCAAGAGGGGUCCUCCCACGCCUGGAAGGCAGGAGGGGGUGACGCAGGGUGCUCCCAGGCACUGCCUGCCGGGUUUGGGAUGGCACGGGCACCCGUGGGUGCCGUGAUCCCAGCCCCUUCUGCCCCAUUUUGCCUUAAAACGUGCUGCCCCAGGGACACACACAGUCAGAUAUAUAUAAAUAACUAAAUAAUUAUAUAUUUUGCAACUAAAUAAUCUAAAGAG